AUGUCUGCUCCUGAUCCCACGACACAGCCUGUGGUCGUGGAUGAUGAAAAACUACCGCCAGCCGAGGCAACAAGUGCGAGGUCCACAUCGGGGGAGGAACCCAAGGCUCCAAGUCUUGAUGUCGAUGUCUUGAAAUCGUCAAAGAAGAAAUGGUACAAGCGACUCAAUCCGUUACGAUGGCAGACACCGCCACCUAUACCUGAAGAACGAACUCCCUCAAGAGAAUAUGGAGCCUCGUUUCUAAGUGUGGUUUAUUUUCACUGGAUGUCCCCUUUAAUGAAUGUGGGAUAUCUUCGUCCCCUCGAGCUUCAGGAUGUCUGGACAGUCAACCCUGAUCGUACUGUCGACAUUCUAGCAGCUCGACUAGAUGCCGCAUUGGAACGUCGUACAGCAUCAAAGAGUAAACGCCCACUGACCGCCGCGCUGUACGAUACAUUCCGCUUUGAAUUUAUUCUUGGCGGUAUUUGUCAAUUUUUCAGCUCGCUUCUUUUGGUCUUUGCGCCUUAUCUUACCCGGUAUCUAAUUGCAUUUGCCACCGAAGCCUGGGACGCCAAGGAGGCGGGUAGUCCUGCUCCGAAUAUUGGUCGUGGAAUGGGCUUUGUCGUCGGAAUUACCCUUAUGCAGGCCCUGCAGAGUGUAUGCACGAACCAGUUCUUAUAUCGAGGACAGAUGGUCGGUGGUCAAGUGCGCGCCGUUUUGAUUUCCUUGGUCUUUAACAAGGCCAUGAAAUUAUCUGCUCGUGCUAAAGCGGGUGGAAAGGCGAGUGAUGAAGAGGUUGCCGCGCUAGAAACUGCCAAGGAGGAGGCUCUGGACCCCAAGAGGAAGAAAAAGAAGUCGGCCAAAGACAACAAAGCUGUGGCUGAUGUAAAUGGAGUGGCAGGCGAUGGCCGCGGUUGGUCCAAUGGUCGAAUCAUUGCUUUGAUGAGCAUUGAUGUCGAUCGGAUUAAUCUUGCAGCUGGCAUGUUCCACAUGAUAUGGACAUCUCCUGUCUCCAUUAUUGUGACUCUGAUCAUGCUUCUCGUGAACAUCGGUGUUAGCUGCUUAUCCGGAUAUGCCUUGAUGGUCUUCAUAAUGCCUUUCCUCACCUUAGCGCUCAAAUUCCUGUUGAAGCGACGCCGAGCAAUCAAUACAAUCACUGACCAGCGUGUGUCUCUUACACAAGAAAUUCUGCAAGCUGUCCGAUUUGUCAAGUUCUUUGGUUGGGAAAGCAGUUUCCUUGGCCGUCUUAAGGAAAUUCGUGCCAAAGAGAUUCGGUCUAUUCAGACCCUUCUGGCAGUUCGCAAUGCCAUCCUCUGUGUGGCGAUGUCGAUUCCUGUCUUCGCCUCCAUGCUAUCCUUUAUCACCUAUGCUCUGACCAACCACGAUUUAAACCCUGCGAACAUUUUCUCUUCGCUUGCACUGUUCAACUCUCUCCGCAUGCCGCUCAACAUGUUGCCCAUGGUCCUCGGUCAGGUCACCGAUGCCAUGACUGCCCUGAACCGUAUCCAGGAAUUCUUGCUCGCGGAAGAGCAAAAGGAAGAUAUCAAACAGAUCGAGGAUAUGCAAAACGCCAUUGAAAUCGAAGAUGCUUCAUUCACCUGGGAGCGUCUACCAUCAGAAGAGGAGAAGCCUGGCAAGGUCAACAAAAAAGCUGCCAAACUCCUCCAAGCAACGAAGGAAAAGGAAAAGACUGACCAGGAAAAACCAUCGGCACCAUUCAAGUUGGAGCAUGUGAACCUCCAGAUCGGUCGAAAUGAGCUCCUAGCGGUUAUUGGAACUGUCGGUUGUGGCAAGAGUUCACUCCUCUCAGCAUUGGCUGGUGACAUGCGUGUCACUGAGGGCAUGGUCCGAAUGAGUACCACCCGUGCGUUCUGUCCACAAUACGCCUGGAUCCAAAACACCUCCGUGCGCAAUAACGUUCUUUUCGGCAAGGAUUACGACGAGGCUUGGUAUAACGAUGUCAUUGAUGCGUGUGCUUUGGCUCCCGACCUGAAGAUGCUACCCAAUGGCGAUGCGACUGAAAUCGGAGAGCGUGGUAUCACGGUCUCUGGAGGACAGAAGCAACGCCUGAACAUUGCCCGUGCUAUUUAUUUCAAUGCUGAGCUUGUUCUCAUGGAUGACCCUCUUUCUGCUGUUGACGCUCAUGUUGGUCGUCACAUCAUGGACAAGGCUAUUUGCGGACUGCUCAAAGACCGAUGCAGAAUCCUUGCGACUCACCAGCUGCAUGUUCUUAAUAGAUGCGACCGCAUCGUGGUCAUGGAUGAAGGCCGGAUCCACGCUGUCGACACAUUUGACAACCUCAUGCGCGAUAAUGAGCUGUUCCAGCGCCUGAUGGCAACAUCUGGACAAGAGGAUUCGAAUGAGCAGUCUGAAAAGACAGAGGAAGCAGGUGAUAAGGUAGAGGAAGCACGGGAAGUUGCUCAUAAAGAAGCUGAAGCUGAGAAACCUGUCGGCGCUUUGAUGCAACAAGAAGAGAAGGCUUCAUCAUCUGUUGGUUGGGACGUAUGGAAGGCCUACAUCAGAGCCUCUGGAAGCUCCUUUAACGCGUUCGGCAUUAUCUUCUUCCUGUGUCUUGCGAACGUUGCCAGCAUCUGGAGCAGUUUGUGGCUUUCUUACUGGACAUCCGAUAAAUACCCCCAGCUUUCGAUGGGCGAGUACAUCGGUAUUUACGCUGCAUUGGGUGUUAGUGUUGUGCUCAUUAUGUUCGUCUUCUCGACAUACAUGACGACAUGUGGAACGAACUCUAGCCGGACAAUGCUUCAGCGUGCGAUGACCCGUGUGCUGCGUGCCCCAAUGUCCUUCUUCGACACUACCCCCCUUGGGCGUAUCACCAACCGCUUCUCAAAGGAUGUUCAGGUUAUGGAUAAUGAAUUGUCUGAUGCCAUCCGUAUGUAUGCAUUGACGAUGACGAUGAUUAUUUCUGUCAUGGUUCUGAUUAUCGUCUACUUCUACUAUUUCGUCAUCGCCCUUGUUCCUCUGGUCAUUCUGUUCUUUGUCGCCUCCAACUACUACCGCUCAUCCGCCCGUGAGAUGAAACGCCACGAAGCAGUCCUGCGAUCGAGCGUGUAUGCCCGAUUUGGCGAAGCCAUCACCGGUGUAGCGUGCAUCCGUGCCUAUGGCGUCCAAAAGCAGUUCGAGCGAAGCAUCCGCGACUCCAUUGAUGUUAUGAACGGUGCAUACUUUUUGACUUUCUCAAAUCAACGCUGGCUCAGUGUUCGACUGGACGGUGUGGCCACCUGCCUGGUCUUUGUUAUUGGUGUUUUGGUCGUCACUUCCCGAUUCAACGUUUCUCCCAGUAUCUCCGGCCUGAUCUUGUCUUAUAUCCUCUCCAUCGCACAGAUGCUGCAAUUCACAGUACGACAACUUGCGGAGGUUGAGAACGACAUGAACGCCACUGAGCGAGUUCACUACUACGGUACCGAGCUGGAAGAGGAAGCUCCCCUACACCUAGCCGAGGUGCCUGAGAGUUGGCCCGAGAAAGGUCGCAUCGAAUUCAAGAACACCAAGAUGCGAUACCGAGCAGAGUUACCUCUGGUCCUCAAGGGUCUCAGCAUGGAUGUGCAGGGAGGUGAGCGUAUCGGUAUCGUCGGCCGAACCGGUGCAGGCAAGUCGAGUAUUAUGUCUGCCUUGUUCCGUUUGACCGAGCUAUCCGGCGGUACUAUCCAGAUCGAUGGAGUCGACAUCUCAAAAAUCGGUCUAUAUGACCUUCGCUCCCGUCUCGCUAUUAUCCCUCAAGACCCCGCGCUGUUCAAGGGUACAAUCCGCAGCAACCUCGACCCCUUCAAUGAGCACGGCGAUUUGGAACUCUGGUCCGCUCUACGUAAAGCUUAUCUCAUCGGCGAAGAGACUCUCGGCGACACAGAAGUCCUCGCUGACCCUGCCACCGGAGCCUCAACCCCCGUCACAGGCAGCGACGCAAAGCCCCGCCUCACCAACCGCUUAACCCUCGAGUCCCCCGUUGAUGAGGAAGGUCUAAACUUCUCCCUCGGCCAGCGCCAGCUCAUGGCACUCGCGCGUGCCUUGGUCCGCGACGCACGGAUCAUUGUAUGUGACGAAGCGACCUCCUCCGUCGACUUCGAGACCGAUCAGAAGAUCCAGCAUACAAUGGCUCAGGGAUUCCAGGGCAAGACAUUGCUGUGUAUUGCGCAUCGUCUUCGCACAAUUAUCCAUUAUGAUCGCAUCUGCGUGAUGGACCAGGGCCAAAUUGCUGAGAUGGAUUCCCCGAUUGCCCUGUUCGAUAAGUCAGAUGGUAUCUUCCGGGCUAUGUGUGAGCGCAGCGGUAUCUCGCGACAGGAUAUCCUGAACCAGGAUUGA